GGUUCUUCGUCAGCUGCAGUUUACCAUUCCAAUUAAAAUCAUGAAGGAGUUUGACGAUUUCAAUUUUAGCGUAGAGAAAUAUACCAAAGACCUCACCCGAGAAUGCGUGGGUGGCAGCGAUUUGCAGCAGCGAAAAAAGGAAAUCGAGGCGUACAACGAAACAACGGCCGCCACUUUGAAGCAAACAUGCAAGAAGAACUACAUGGAGUUUAUACAGACGGCCAAGGAGAUAUCGCAUCUCGAGUCGGAAAUGUAUCAACUGUCGCACAUUCUGAUUGAGCAGCGCAACAUUCUGGCCACCAUGACGGAUGGAAAGACCUCGAGUCGCCUGAAAGCCGAGAGUUUGGAGGUGGACACCUCGACGGCGGCGGAGGAUCUGGAAAACAGCCAUGCUACGCGGGCUGUAAAAGAAAUGGUGCAGGGCUUCAAUGGCAAUCUGGAGGGCAAGACCUUCCUCAACGAGGGAGCCCUCAUCGAACUGGAUGGCAAUGACUAUAGGCCCAUUCAGCGGGUCUUCUUUUUCCUCUUCAACGAUGUGCUGAUUGUCUGCAAGGUCAAGCAUGAUAAACGCCUGGACUUCCUCACCGAGUACGAUCCCAAGAAAAUAGCCGUGAUCAACAUCAAAGACCUGGAUGGCGUCAAGAAUGCCAUCAAUAUCAUCACACCAGAUGGCUCCAAGAUCUACCAAAGCAUCACGGCGGCUGGGAAAACCGAGUGGAUCGAAAAGCUCGAGGAAGCCUUCCGUUUUGACCAGCAAAAGGGGAAACCCAAGAAGGGUCAGGCUCCACAGCCACCUUCGCGGGCCAAACAGCAGUCGAAAGCCUCGACGCCGGAGAAGGAGACCACUCCCCAGAGUCCCGGGGAGCCCAAAUCCCUGGAGGAUGAGACGCCCGAGUGGCUGAGCACCGCCAGCGAGGAGAUCCAAACACUGGUGGCCCAGCGGCACUUUGAGAAUGCCCAGGAGCUGAUCAAACGCACCCAGGACUUUAUGCGGAAUGAUAGCAGGAAGAAGGUUCCCCAGGCGGAGGCCAUCGAAUCCAAAGUGAAGCAGCAGGAGCUGAAGCUGAUCAAUGUGCUGCUCAAGGAGCUGUCCAAUAGCCACAAUCGCAAUCUGCAAAUCGCUUUGAGGGCCGCCAAGAGGCCUCUGAAAAUCCUAGUCGAAAUGGGACGCUAUCGGCAGGCGAGCGCUACGCUACUGAAAGUCUGCGCCGUCAGUUUGAGGGUCGCCCAAAGGGAGGCGCGCAGGAAUAAUGCGGAUAUUUCGGAGCUAUUCUUCUGUGAUCUCACCCAGGUGGCCUGCGAUUUCCUCACCGCCUUCGAGAAGCAGCCAGCCUGCGUUAGUGCCCUUGUGGUCUGGUGCAAUGCCGAGCUGCAGUACUUUGCCAGCCAGCUAAUCAAACACUACCUGACCAAAGGAACCUCUUUGGAGUCGGUGGCCAAAUGCGUGGAGCGAGUGCGCAAGCCGUCGACGAAGCUUACGGAGAUUGGGCUGGACAUUAGCUACCAUUUGGAGGGUCUUUUACGCACCACUUUAGAGUCACUCAUAGAGGAGUCCAAGGAGCGACUGCUGGACUCCGUGGGUCGCACUGAGGAGAGCUGGCAGCCGUACAACCUGCAAACCAAGUCGAAUCUGAAGCGUUUGCUCCUCGAACUGGAUGUCUUGGGCAUCGAUGUGCGGGCCCAGGCCACUGGGGAUACCUGGAUAAACCUCACCCAGUCCACGGUGGUCUUUAUCCGGCACUUUCUGCAGCUCACCGAGUACUGCGGCUGUUUGGCCAAGUGCGAAACACUCCUACAGAGUCUGGAACUUCUACUAAAAGAGCUGUUUAUUGCCCAGCAUUCAUUGAAACCACCCAGCGAUAUGGCCGUGGAUCCCAACUUUGUGAUGAAGAACAAGAUCUUUCUGGUGGACAACCUGCUGCCCAUUGCCAUCGACAAGUUCCGCCAGAUUUCGGGUCGUCAAUGCGAGGGACUAAGAGAGUUGCACACCAAAAUGUCCCGCCAACAGGGAGCUCCAUUGCCCCGCCAGCGAAGCGUCUACACCACAGAUGUAUUUUAAAAGCAAUCCAUGAUGGAGAUUUACUUUCGAUUACAUAUAAUUUUUUAUUUUUUCGUUUUGCUUCAAUUAUUUAUAAUAUAAUUAUAUACAUAUAUAACCACAAUAAUAAUAAUAUUUGUAAAAUUAAAAAUCGAAGCGUGUGCUGCACUCUAUCUCUUGCUUAUUACAAUUUCGCCGUUCGCAUUAUAUAUUUACUCUAAACACUAAACAAUUUAGCGGUGUGUUCUACUUUUCGGUUUUGGGUUCUCUUUUAAUGCGUUGUUUUUAGCUGCUCAAAAUAUAGGAUUUUACAGUUUGGUUCUGAAGAGUUUUGAUUCACACGCCGCACACACAAGUUAAUCCACUCAUUGUCCUCAAUUACAUAUUUUCAAAUUACAAAUUACAAGCAAAAGCUGACCCCCAAUGCGAGUGAGUGUUGAAAAAGUUGUUUCCGUGUUUUAAUUUAUAAUGUAAAACUCUUAACUAAAAUGCUUACUAAGUAUAUUUAAUUAUAUUUAUAUAUUUAUACCUUCUUUUAUGCAAAUGUUGUGUAUGGGUGUGU